UGUUUUUUUUGGGUCGCUUCGUUCACAGUUGGACUUGCACGGAUGGACCCGUCCCACCCUACUUCUCCUCCACCCUCCGCCCAGAACCCACAACGCCGCCGCGUUCGUCUGCCACUGCCUGCCCGAGCCGCCGCUCCCCUUCCUCGGUCUCUCCUCGCUUCCCAGUCCCAGUCCUAGCCCAGCGCGCCGCGGCGCUAACUGGCCAGCUGGUAGUGAUGGCAACCGAGCCGCCGCCGGCAGCGGAGAAGAAGAAGGCGCCGCUCCCCAAGGUGGUCACGCUCAAUAAAGCCCUCAAGCUGGCCCAGACAUGGGUGGACAAAAUGAGUGCAUCGGAGCCGGAUGAACCCAACGAUAAGGAUUUCGAGGGCCGGCCACCAAAGCUCGGUCUUGGUGCUAAAGCGGCACCUGGUGUGAAGCGUGUGGUUCCCACUGACCCAGUUGAGAGGAGGUUGCUUGGGAAGGUGAAUGCGCAGAAGAGGAAGGCCUUGGAGGAUGAUGAUAGAAAUGCUCAGGUGGCGAAUGAGGCUAGCGACGACGAUGAGCCUGAAAGCAGGACCAGUGCCUUUAACAAGAAGAGGCCAGUGCCUUCAGUUACUUCUACACCUUUAGGGAAGAAGGCUAAGUGACAAGCUAUAUGCAUAGACUACCUGAGUGAUCUGCUUGUUUUGAUCACGUUUCGUACUAACUCCCAGACUGAUGCUAUUUUCAUAAGGCAUAGUAUACCUUCUCAUACUCCAGUUUGUGAUUCCUGAAUUUAAAGGGAUAGCUGUGCUUGAUAU